AGGCAGUGGGAGCUGGGAACCGAAUUUCUUGGAGAAGGUUUAGGGUGGAAAAGCAAACUAUUAUGGGAUACAAAUCAGCAGUUAGAUGAGGGGAAUUCUGGACUGAGUGUCUCUUCCCGUUGCCCCUGGUUAUGGCCUACAUUAUGUUGAUAAAGCGUGCAGUCCUGCUCUUAGAUUACCUGUGUAAGUACAGUAAGCACAUCUGAUGAAUUUGUAAGCACUGCAGUAAAUCUAUGUUCAUGCUUCAGACUUCCAGUUUGGUCUUAGAAUGCUUUCAUUUACUUAUGUUUCCCCAUUUUGACUCUGCUCUUUUUCAACUGGGUAGUUCCUCAAUUCUGUCCUUCCUACUUUUUUUUCCCCCGCCUAGAGGUAGAAAUUUCUUUCUUAAAUUAUGCUGGCACUUGUAUCACACUGUGUCUAUGUCUUUUUUUGUUUGUUUGCUUUAACUACACAUGGAUUUCCCUUUGUGUAAUGACACAGCUCGGAGCCGUGGAGAAUUCACAGCCCUUCCACGAUGGGAGAAAGGACAGACUGUGCUAAGUCUCAUAGCUCACUGGCUGAAUACAGCCCCGUCAGUAAAUCAGACAAGACAGAUCCAAACGACCACUCUGAAAUACAGGAUGGAAACCAAAACACAAUGCAACUGAAGAAAGAAAUAUCUUUGCUAAACGGGAUAAGCCUGAUAGUAGGCAACAUGAUUGGCUCAGGUAUUUUUGUCUCACCCAAAGGAGUUCUCAUCUACAGCAAAUCUUACGGAUUGUCUCUAGUAAUUUGGGCAAUUGGAGGGAUUUUUUCAGUCUUUGGAGCUCUCUGCUAUGCUGAACUUGGAACCACUAUUACAAAAUCAGGAGCCAGUUAUGCGUACAUCUUGGAGUCAUUUGGGAGCUUCAUUGCUUUUAUUCGUUUGUGGACCUCACUUCUAAUUGUUGAGCCGACUAGUCAGGCAGUUAUUGCAAUCACCUUUGCUAACUACAUAGUCCAACCUUUCUUUCCAUCUUGUGAUCCUCCAUAUAUUGCUUGUCGUCUCAUAGCAGCUGCUUGUGAGUGUCUUCUAACAUUUGUAAAUUGUGCCUAUGUAAAAUGGGGAACACGGGUGCAGGAUAUAUUCACUUAUGCUAAAGUUGCUGCUCUUAUUGCUAUCAUCGUAACUGGAAUUGUUAAAAUAUGCCAGGGAUAUUCAUCACACUUUCAGAACUCUUUUGAGGGAUCUUCUGUUGAUAUCGGAGACAUUUCCCUCGCACUCUACUCUGCCUUGUUCUCUUAUUCUGGUUGGGACACGCUCAAUUUUGUGACUGAAGAGAUCAAAAACCCAGAAAGGAACUUGCCCCUGGCUAUUGCUGUGUCUAUGCCAAUUGUGACUGUCAUCUACAUUAUGACCAAUGUAGCUUACUAUACAGUGCUGGAUGUUCAGGCUGUUCUCUCUAGUGAUGCUGUGGCAGUGACAUUUGCUGACGAGGUGUUUGGUAUCUUCAGCUGGACAAUUCCAAUUGCUGUAGCCUUUUCUUGUUUUGGUGGACUUAAUGCUUCAAUUCUAGCAUCGUCAAGGCUGUUUUUUGUAGGAUCUCGGGAAGGUCACCUUCCUGAUCUGUUGUCUAUGAUCCAUGUAGAGAGGUUCACACCUGUGCCAGCACUGCUUUUCAAUUGUGCUAUGACCCUAAUUUACCUGGCUGUGCAAGAUGUCUUCAAGCUUAUUAAUUACUUCAGUUUCAGUUACUGGUUUUUUGUUGGUCUGUCUAUUGCUGGUCAAUUAUAUCUACGUUGGAAGGAACCAAAUCGAGCCAGGCCACUGAAGCUCAGUGUGGUUUUCCCAAUAAUAUUCUGCAUAUGCUCAGUAUUUCUCGUGGUUGUGCCGCUCUAUAGUGACACCAUCAAUUCACUGAUUGGAAUUGCCAUUGCUUUAUCUGGGAUUCCAGUCUUUUUCCUGGGAGUCUAUUUACCUGCCUCAAGGAGACCUCAGAUUAUCAACAAGAUUUUAGAUGUAGUCACACGAAACAUGCAGCUGCUCUGUUGCUGUGUUUUAACGGAGAUGGACACAAGUGAAGAAAAGAAAUUAGAAAACAAAUCUAACUAAAAUUUGAAAGCCAUUCUA